CCUGCUCGCUGCCACAAACCCGGCGGAGAUAGGAGGGGAAGGAGCGCACUGCCGGAGCUGCCGGGAAAGCGAACGAGGGAGAGAGAGAGAGAGAGAGAGAGAGAGAGAGAGAGAGACAUACAGUCAGCGUCAAGGAGUGAGAGAGAGCAAACGGGCAUAGCAGAGCGCGUUUAUGCAAAGAAACGCACAGUUUGCCGGAGCAGAGCGGAGAGGCUGCACGUUUAUUUUCACUCGAUCAGUUUUACGCACGCCGGAGCUGCCUCUUCCAAGAGAUCUUUUUUUUUUAAUAUAUUUUGCGCAAGAACGCAGUGUUAUCGGGACAAUUAUACCCACACAUAGAGGACAAUCGAUGGGAAAAUAUUUUUCAACUUUUAAUCACAUGUGUUCUUACCAUGUAGAUGUGCAUAUUGGUUAAAAGAGCCAGAGAAGAAGAUUUUUUGGAUAUUUUGUCGAGAGGAGGAAACUCGUGACACUUUUUUUUAUUGGCUUUUUAAGCUUAAUGCUUUUUCGCACAUGUUUCUGUUUGUUCCUGUUUUUUUUUCCAACGGGGUUCUUUUACUUUUUCUUAAUUUGAGACUUAGUCCGUCAAGGAGUGUGUCAACGAGGUUUGUAUUCCCACGCGCGUUAUGACUGACAGGGGCUCCCGACUGUGCGCACCGCAAUGGAUUUUGAGGCUUCAAUAUUGUGCUUAGAGUGAAAAUUGCGCUGAUUUCAGAAGAAUCUACGCAGAUUAGUUUCUACUCAAGACGCAGCGUGUACUGUGUUUGACAAGACAAAUAUUCCUGGAAAGACCAGUGAACGCUACCCGGCGUUUCUGGUGGAUUGCGGGGACUACUUGUGUCACGCUUCAGAGAAACACAGAACUGUGGAAAAAGAGAGGAGAGGUGGACUUUGGACUGCAGCUUUGCCUCAAAUAAACAAAAUAAAAACACAGAGGAGAAGAAGAAGAAGAAGAAGAAGAAGUGUUUCCUUUCUUCACAUCAGAAGGAAAAAAUGGAUUUAUUCAUUUGGUUAUGUGGAUGUGUACUGGCUUUUCUCUUGCCUUCAGCAGUCAAAACACAGGAAGGAGCUUCUGAGCCAUGUGGAGGAUUUUUAGAUGCCAGUGAUGCCGGCUACAUCACCACUCCUGGCUACCCGCUGGAGUACCCACCUCACCAGAACUGUCGCUGGGUCAUCACAGCCCCUGAACCCUCGCAACGCAUCGUCCUAAACUUCAACCCUCACUUUGAGAUCGAGAAACUGGACUGCAGGUAUGACUAUGUCGAGAUCCAUGAUGGGAACUCAGAGACGGCUGACAUCCUGGGAAAGCACUGCAGCAACAUCGCCCCAGCACCCAUCAUUUCAUCAGGACCCUCCCUGCACAUCAAGUUCGUAUCGGACUACGCCCACCAGGGGGCCGGCUUCUCACUACGCUAUGAGAUCUUCAAAACAGGAUCAGACUGUUCCCGUAACUUCACCAGUCCCACGGGUCUCAUCGAAUCCCCAGGCUUCCCUGACAAAUACCCCCACAACCUGGAGUGCUCCUUCAUCAUCAUCGUGCCGCCCAGCAUGGAUGUCACCCUCACCUUCCUCACUUUUGACCUGGAGAAUGACCCCCUUCCAGGAAGCGAGGGGGACUGCAAGUACGAUUGGCUGGAAGUGUGGGACGGGCUUCCAGGAGUGGGCCCACUGAUUGGUCGAUACUGUGGGACCAGGUUUCCUCCAGAGAUCCAAUCGUCUACCGGGAUUCUCGCUCUGUCCUUCCACACUGACAUGGCUGUGGCAAAAGACGGCUUCUCAGCUCGGUACAACAUGACACACAAGGAAGUCAGUGAAACUUUCCACUGUAGUAAUGCUUUUGGUUUGGAGUCGGGUAAGAUCACAGACGACCAGAUCACAGCCUCGUCAAGUUUCUACGACGAGCACUGGCUGCCCCGACAGGCCCGACUCAAUUACAACGACAACGGAUGGACGCCUAACAAAGACAGCAACAGGGAGUACAUACAGGUGGACCUACAUACUCUAAAGGUGUUAACAGGCAUAGCCACUCAAGGCGCCAUUUCAAAGGAAACUCAGAAGGCUUACCAUGUCACCACCUUCAAGCUGGAGGUCAGCACCAAUGGAGAGGACUGGAUGAUCUACAGGCAUGGCAAGAAUCACAAGGUGUUCCAUGCCAAUGCUGAUGCCACAGAGGUGGUUCUGAAUCGGAUCCCGCAGCCGGUCUUGGCCCGCUUCGUCCGAAUCAGACCUCAGACGUGGAAGAACGGCAUCGCUCUGCGAUUCGAGCUUUACGGCUGUCAGAUCACGGACGCUCCCUGCUCAGAGCUGCAGGGCAUGCUGUCCGGGCUGCUACCAGAUUCCCUGAUCUCUGCGUCGUCCAUGAGAGACAUCCACGGCUCCACGGGGGCAGCCAGGCUAGUGGCCAGUCGCUCAGGCUGGUUUCCAAACCCGACACAACCCAUAGCUGGAGAAGAAUGGUUACAGGUGGACCUCGGGGUGCCCAAGAUGGUGCGUGGCAUUAUUACCCAGGGUGCAAGAGGGCUUGAGGGGAGCACCAGCGCUGAGAACAGAGCAUUUGUCAGGAAGUACAAACUGGCACACAGCUUGACGGGCAAAGACUGGACGCACAUCACUGACAGCAAGACUGGGUUUGCAAAGAUUUUCGAGGGGAACAGCCACUAUGACACUCCAGAGGUGAGGAGGUUUGACGAGAUCGUGGCCCAGUACAUCCGAGUGUUUCCGGAGCGGUGGUCUCCCGCUGGGAUCGGCAUGCGGAUGGAGGUGCUCGGCUGUGACCUGCCUGAAACCACAACUGUACCAGACACAGCGACCCCCACCGUGCCCAGAGAGGAGCACACAACUGCUGCAUGGAGACCAGCUACCACCCCGUCUCUGUCGGCUGUGUGUGACUUUGAGCAGAGCUUGUGCGGCUGGUCGGCUGAUCCUCAGUCAGGUGUGAGCUGGUCGCUCCACACAGCCAGCAGCAGUUCAACAGGACACGGAUCACAUGGGACCAGGCAGGAUCUGGCACUGGGAACAGACAGUUUCUCAGGGAACUACCUCCACUUGGACGCAGGUGCCCACACGCAGCGCAAGCGAGCCCGCCUAAUGAGCCCCGAGGUGGGGCCCGAGCGAGGCCCGCUCUGCCUCCUCUUCUACUACGAGCUCCAGGGGGAGGCACAGGGGAGUCUGAGGGUGCUGCUGAAGGACAGUGACCAGGAGGAGACACUGCUAUGGGCUCUGAAAGGAGACCAGGGGUCUCACUGGAGGGAGGGCCGCACCAUCCUGCCCCAAAGCCCCAGGGAAUAUCAGGUCGUGUUCGAGGGGUUUUUUGAUCACCCGACCAGAGGCCACAUCAGAAUAGAUAACAUCCACAUGAGCAACAGCAUCGAGCUGGAGCAGUGUACACAGCCUUUCCCUGCCUUAACGCCUGGCAUAACCAACCCCAGGCCUAUGGAUUUCGAAAAAGAUCCCGUUUUCAACCACAAGCCCCCCAUCGAUGAAGGGUAUAUUUUUCCCGGAUGGCCUUCUUCUUUCUCCACCCCGUCCUCCUCUGAUGUGGACCCCCCCUCUGUAACCCUGGUUUCCGAGAAGGACAAGGACAACGCCUGGCUGUACACGUUGGACCCCAUCCUCCUCACCAUCAUUGUGAUGAGCUCGCUGGGCGUCUUGCUCGGUGCAGUUUGCGCGGGACUGCUCCUCUACUGCACGUGCUCCUACAGCGGGCUUUCCUCGCGCUCCUCCACGACGCUGGAGAACUACAACUUUGAGUUGUACGACGGAAUUAAGCAUAAAGUAAAGAUAAAUCAGCAGAGGUGCUGCUCAGAGGCAUGAAGAGGCGACAGAGACGAUGGGGGAAGACAUUGCCAGUGAUCCCCUGCAAAAGUAGUUAUGUUGUCGGUCAAGGAAAAGACUGAAAGGAAGCACUAUCUGUUAUUUCAACCCCAGCGUCCCCUUCCUAAUAACCUGCUCUGAUGUCUCAAGGGGAAACUUUCAACACUGAGUUUCCCCACCUUUUUUGUGCCAGUGGGGACUUUGAUCUCCCCUAUAAACUAAGAGACUUGGGGAACAAUGACCAAGUCUCCCUUUCCUACAGUACUAUCUCCUCCGCCUGCAGGAGAGAGCCUGCUUGAGUCUAAAAUCAUGUGAAUGAAUGAAGGAAUGAGUAGAUGAAUUAUGAAUGACAGAUGUACCAUUGAAAAUAACCCACCAGCCACUGCAAUGAAGCUAGGAAUGAGAUGGGACAACAGCACCUAUGACAAUCUGGACAUUUGGAACCACAAAUGACAGCAGAGGCUGGGCUGUUUGGUGAAAAUGGUGGAAAUUGGAUUCUUAAUGAAGAAGAGAAUCUCACUGACAUGUACCCCUGACUAAGAGCGAUGUGAAAUUUUCUUUAAUUUGAAUGUGGUCAAUAGAGAUGGCAUGCAGAAAUCAAAAAAUUGCAGCCUCUGACUGUUGGUGAAGGCUGCAGUACCAGUGGGUACUUUUGACUGAAAUCAACACAUAUCAAGAGAAUGCUUAACCCCUAAAGAAGUUUAAAAGAUAUCAAACCACAGAACUAGAAUGAAUCGAGAUUUCUAACAGCGGAGAAGAGGAUGAAAAAGGACCUUUUUGUUUUUUUUGGUUUCUUAAAGUUUUAGAUAUCAUUUCUGGGAGAUCCAAUGUCCAUUAGCCUGCCAUACGGCGCUUGCUCGCUCCUUUGUCCGCCCUUGGUCUGCGCUUUGUGAAACCAGUGGCAUAGAAGAGUAUUGGUGACUGUUUUUGUUUCGUUUUAGACUUGUGUCAGCUUGGGGAAAAAAGGUUAAGAAAGCUUCAGUUUGUAGCCGCCCUGUAGUGCUCUUGCGACAUUUUUUUUUAGACUUUCUUUAGCAUCGUGUUGGACUCCAUGGUCCUUACUGUUACUUUAGUCGUUUUCUCUUUUGAUACAUUUUUCCACUACAGAUUAUCAGUCUUUACAAAGAAUAGAGGAACGUUAAAGGAAGAUGAAGACAGAAAAUCAGAGGUUUAUCUAAAUCUAACAUGCUGUUAUGGAGUUGUGCUUUAGAUUCAGUAUUCUAGAGUUUGUCU